GUUUGGUAAAAUAAGGAUCUUUUUCUAAUACGGGAGCUAUUUUGGGACUAUUUUUAAUCUAUUUUUGGUUGUGACAGUGUUCCGCUGUGCUCACCGUGUAUAAAAGAGGCUUCUUCUCCACAAAGAAACAAAACGUAAAGCUUUUAACAGAGAAGGAAAGUUUUAUUUCUCAAGAUUUCAAGUAGUCAGAAGUCUUCUAACUGAAGAAUCACCCCCAGGCUCUGAGAUGUUACAGUUAUUACAAAUGAGAGAGAGCUUGAUUCAAAGUUGAGUUAGAGAAUGAAUUUUAGCACGAAAUUAAAAAUGAUUUAUUAUGAGCCACAAUGAAGCGAUAAGCUACUCUAAAUAGUGUCAGAAAUGGUCAAAGCAGGCUACUUCCGAAUAAUAGAAACGAACUGCGUACUGUUGCUAUGGUUACCUCAAUCGCGACUUGUUAGAAGCGUCUAUUGGUUGUUCUCGCGCAACUUUUGUGGUAAAAUGCGUGAACAUAAAUACUUGUACUAUUAGUGUAGGUUAACGUUUAUUAGUAGGCCUACAUUAACUUUCUAUGGUUUCCCUCGUGGUGAAUGAGUCACUCCAUCAGCAAACUCCUAAGGACUUCGAUAUGAGCAGCCUCGUAUAUUCAGGUCUGCAAAGCAACGUUAUUUUUAGCAUGUCUGCAUUGUAACUGCAUUUGGCCUUGCGCGUGGACUGCCGCCCUUAGCUUUAAAAUGGGAAUGCCUCAUUCAUUAGUAAUCGAGUGGCUAUUUCGAGAGGUGAGUCCGCGAUCGUGAAGGGCUUUGAAUCGCGCGUGUUCUUAAAAAUGAGCCCCCACCCUCCCUGCCAUCCAGCGUUUCCCCGUCGUGCCUCCUUCCAUGCACACAGCAGCACAUGGUUACAAUCAAGCCCAUAAAUCAGGCGCCUCCGAUCGAAUAGUCCGAAUUAAGCACACAUGCACAUCAGACUGGGGCUGGCUGCUGUUGCAGCAGAAGAAGCGAGAGAAACAGUCACACAUCAGGGGGAGGGAUGGAACCAAAAAGCCUCUAUAGUGAUCAAUAUCUGACUGUCUUUUGCAAAUCGCUGCAGUGCUUCACAGGUGUACACUCGAGUAUUCUCAUACGGAUUGACUGAACUGGAGCCACAUGUCACAUGUGCUUCAUAGGAAGAACCGGGGCAUCAUCUGCUGCAAGCUGGAUCUGGAGGAGGAUGCUGCGGCAAGUGAUACACAGAGGGCUGAAAUCUUCCUUCUACUGGCUGGGUUUGUUCGUGAGCAGGCAUCCGGUGUUCUUCCUCACCGUCCCCGCAGUGCUGACCAUCAUUUUCGGAUCCACGGUGCUGAGCCGGUUUAAGCCCGAAACGGACCUGGAGAUCCUGGUCGCCCCGACGCACAGCCUCGCGAAGAUCGAGCGGAGUCUCGCCAACAGCCUCUUCCCCAUCGACCAGUCCAAGCACAAGCUGUACUCGGACCUGCACACCCCCGGCAGAUAUGGCAGACUCAUCCUGCUGGCCAGAUCCGGGGGAAAUAUCCUGGAGCUGGCCGAACAGGUGCUCCAGGUGCACAAGAAGGUCCUGGAUAUGCGUGUCAAUUAUAAAGGCUUCAAUUACACUUUCGCGCAUCUCUGCGUCCUGAGCCACCGGGACAAGAGAUGCCUCCUGGAUGAUAUCAUCACCAUAUUCGAAGACAUUCGCUUGGCUGUUCUGUCUAACAGCACUUUUUCCAAGGUCCCCGUCAGCUAUCCGAAUACCACAUUAAAGAAUGGUCGAGUGUCCUUUAUUGGCCAUCAGCUGGGUGGUGUGGCCUUGCCUGCAAACAGCCGGGAUCAACAGGUCAAGUUUGCCCGCGCCAUCCAAAUCACCUACUACCUCCGCAACCUUGGGCCAGUGGUGCAGGACAUCAUUUCUGAGAAGUGGGAGAGUGAAUUCUGUAAGCUGGUUCACCAGCUGGCUACAGACAGCCAGGAACUACACAUCCAGUCACUCACGUCCUUCAGCUUAUGGCGGGACUUCCACAAGACAGGCGUGCUGGCCAAGAGCGAGGUACUGGUCAGCUUGGUGCUGGUGCUCCUGGCAGCCACCAUCUCCAGCUCUAUGCGGGACUGCUUGCGUGGGAAACCCUUCCUGGGCCUGUUGGGCGUCCUUACCAUCUGCAUCGCCAACGUGACGGCAGCUGGGAUUUUUUUCAUCUCUGAUGGGAAAUUUAACUCUACGCUGCUUGGGAUCCCCUUUUUUGCCAUGGGCCACGGAACAAAGGGUGUGUUUGAGCUUCUGGCAGGCUGGAGAAGAACCAGAGAGAGUUUGCCCUUCAAGGAGAGAGUGGCAGAUGCGUUCGCCGACGUGAUGGUGUGCUACACCAUGACCAGUUCGCUCUAUAUUAUCACCUUCGGCAUGGGUGCCAGCCCUUUCACCAACAUCGAAUCUGUGAAGGUUUUCUGCCAGAGCAUGUGUGUAGCAAUCUUGGUAAACUACUUCUAUGUAUUCUCAUUCUACGGCUCCUGCCUGGUGUUUGCCGGGCAGCUGGAGCAAAAUCGCUAUCACAGCGUCUUCUGCUGCAAGAUCCCCUCGGUGGAGUAUCUGGACCGCCAGCCCACUUGGUUCAAGACCAUGAUGAGUGACGGCCACGAUUUGUCUACGCACCACGACAGCGUACCGUACCAGAACCACUUCAUUCAGCACUUCCUUAGGGAGCAUUACACGGAAUGGAUUACCAACACCUACGUCAAGCCGUUUGUGGUUAUCCUCUACCUGAUUUACGCCUCCUUUUCAUUCAUGGGAUGUUUACAAAUCAGCGACGGCUCCAAUAUAAUUAAUCUGCUAGCUAGUAAUUCGCCCAGCGUGUCGUUUGCCCUGACGCAGCAGAAAUACUUCAGUAACUACAGCCCGGUGAUUGGCUUCUACAUCUACGAACCCAUUGAGUAUUGGAACUCCACAGUACAGGAGCACCUCAAGACGCUGGGCCAGGGCUUUAAUAAGAUUUCGUGGAUCGAUAAUUACUUUCACUAUCUGAGGGUCGUAAAUGUCAGCGCGUCAACCAAAAGUGAUUUCAUCAACAUCCUCAAGACUUCUUUUCUGAGGAGCCCAGAAUAUCAACACUUUGUGGACGACAUAAUUUUCUCCAAAAACGGAGAGGAGUACGACAUUAUCGCGUCCAAGAUGUACUUGGUGGCCCGGACAACCGAGAAGACCAGGGAGGAGGUCGUGGAGCUGCUGGAGAGACUUCGACCUCUCUCCCUCAUAAACAGCAUCAAGUUCAUCGUUUUCAACCCAACGUUUGUGUUCAUGGACCGCUACAGUUCCUCCAUCAUCUCUCCCAUCCUGACAUCAGGUUUCAGCGUGCUCACCAUUCUUAUCCUCACCUUCUUCUUGGUCAUUAACCCACUGGGGAACUUCUGGUUGAUCUUGACUGUCACCUCCGUGGAGCUGGGCGUCUUGGGUCUCAUGACGCUCUGGAAUGUAGACAUGGACAGCAUCUCAAUCCUGUGCCUUAUUUAUACACUCAACUUUGCCAUGGAUCACUGUGCCCCCCACCUCUACACGUUCGUACUGGCCACUGAGCACACGCGGACUCAGUGCAUCAAGAUCUCUUUAGAGGAGCAUGGGGCCGCCAUUUUGCAGAACACCUCGUGUUUUGUAAUUGGGAUAAUGCCUCUUCUCUUUGUGCCUUCUAACCUGACCUACACACUGUUCAAGUGCUCCCUUCUCACAGCCGGCUGCACAGUGCUGCACUGUUUUGUCAUCCUACCGGUGUUUUUGACAUUCUUCCCGCCUUCUAAGAAGCGGCACAAGAAAAAGAAACGUGCCAAACGGAAAGAGCGGGAAAGAGAGAGGGAGCGGGAGAGAGAGGAAAUUGAGUGCAUCGAAGUCAGGGAAAACCCGGACCACGUGACCAAUGUUUGAUUGAAAGAUGUGUGUGAACGCAAUUGGUAAGAAAUCAGCUCCUGUCCACUAGGGGGCGACGUCAGGCAGCACUUCACAGAUCUAGAGGUGGCCGAGUCCGGCACUCUCGCCCCUGGGGUGACCCUCGCGACCCCAGCAAUCAACAACAGUGCUGUCCAGAGUUAAAAACCCCUUCUCACUCAUUUCUUGUGUACCCUUCGUCUAGAACAGUGUAUAACAUCUGCAGCUGCUAGCUUACGUUAGCCGUUAAUGAAAGGUUAGCGAAGGAAGGUUGUCUGUAUACAUGAACUACUACAAAAGGCCUAAAAAGAAGGCCUCCAAAAAUGUUACGAGCAUGAAUCUAAGCAGGUGGGUUCCUGCUUAUAUUAGAUCUCUAGGGGUAUUCCCAAGGGUAUUCGUAUAUAUAUGUUUUGUAAGAGCAGGUAUUACAGCAAGUACAUUUGCUCUUAUUUAGCACCAACACAAUUCUUUUUGAUCACUCUGUGUUUUUCUAACUGUUAUGCACCUCACGUUCCUCCAGCCUUGUUCUUACAUAAUUAAUCAAGACCAACUCUGUUUAAAAAUAACUAUGUGAAAAAUAGUAGCGAACGGAAGUAGCAGUUUUCAGCGUCCAUCAAAUUAUGCAGCACUCUCCUACAAAUUACACUUGGCAUGCAUUUAUCACAAAUGUCCUGUAGCAAAUCUAAUAGUGUGUUUGCAGUUACUCUGGUAGCAGUUAUUUAGAUGUAUUCACUGAGACCCCCCCACCCAAGAGAGGUCCCACCUUAUAACCAGAGCAAAGCAUUAAUGGUCAAAAGAAUGAAUUAUUAAGAGUUGUAAAAGGGGUUUUUCUCCUUUAAAUGUGAAGCGAAAGUACAUUUGUCAAAUCUGACAUUUAGCUGAUAUUCAGACUGUAAUUUGUCUUACUCUUCCGGGUAAAUAAACACUGUCUGAACGUGCUUUGUAUGGAGACCACCGACAUGAAUCACUUAAGUGUUUUGCAUAUAAUAUUAAACUGCAUAUACCAUUUAAAAAAAGGUUAUUCCAAUACACCCAAGUGGCUCAUUCAUGAGAAAAGAGACUUGUAGCAUGUCUUAAAGCUGCAUUGAUAUGAUCUGUUCGUUUAAUUGCUUGUGUGUUUGUUUGUUACAAAACCACAAAUCUGGUCAUGCACCUGUUCCUGUAGUUAAACUGAGCAAUGACAAAGAUGAGAAAGGUUUCCUUUCUGUUGUUUUGUUAUUUUGCACAUUAGGCAAGAUUCACUGAUGGCUGUCGUCUAAAAAUAUACAGUGUCAAAUCACAAGAGUAGAUGUUGUUUCUGAGUGUAGCAUGUGUUUUGUCUGUAUUUGUGUGUUUUUGCGGAGAUGAGCAGUGCAGAUGGUAUACACUGUGUUCACGUUGAAGAAAUAUCUUGCACAAAACAAUAUAAAGGCAUCAAGGUACAUUCUGGUGGAAAUGAGUAUGUCUGUUAUGUUAGAAAUCUCGGUUCUCUUGUCCACAGGAAUAUUAGGCAUUGCAUCAAGUGAUGUAUUAGCAAAGUAGUCGAUCCGGGCAGUUUUGAUCUGUGGGUUAUUUUAUGUGUCACAAAUACGUACAGCACCAGUCAAAGCUGUUGGUAGCUCUUAAGAUGCAACGCAAAAGAUAACGUGGAAAAUGUAAACGUGAAAUGGAUAGUUCAGCCAAAAAUGACGAUUCUGUCAUCAUUUACUCAUUCUCGCGUCAUUCCAAACCUGUAUGACUUUUAUUUUAUGCAGAAUUGUUCUGAGAUUGUUUUAGUCCAAUGAAAUGUAACGGAAUGAAUUGAGGGUGAGUAAAUCAUUACAGAAUAAUUGUUGGGUGAACUGUCCUGAAAUGUGAAAGAUUCUGGAAUGAACUGUGUAGAUGGAGGCAAAAAUCUUUGCUUAUUACCCUCCACUCCUGCAUCCCAGAAGCCUUUUGGCUAAUGUUCUGAUAAUCGCAAAUUAAAAAUAUUUAGUCUAAAUAUUUCAUCAAACUCUGAUUGUCCUAAUCAACAGUGUAAAGGUGUAAUCAAAGUAAUUAUAUCCUUAUCUCAUGCAACAACAAACUGUUCUCGUGCUUGCCAUGUUUCCAUUGGUUCAGAUGUAGAUUCGAACGGAUUCUAGGUCAGUCAUUGCAAUGUAUGCCUCAACAUAGACUGCCUGCCAAAAAAAGUGGAAUUUGAACCCAAAAAUGUAUAAAAAAAAAAAAAAAUACUGCUAGCUUUUGUCCUGCUGUGUAUACUGUACACAUUUCAUGAUCAUCGGACUGUGCAAAACGCAUGUGGUAGCCAGAGCCUUACUGAUCCAGUCAAACAGCUGGGUUCAUUGUAGAGUCAUUCCAAAGGCGGAGGGCCUCUCGCUGGGGAAGGUAUGGUUGACUAGAGUUUACUUGAGAGGUUGAGAUACAUGGACCAAAAGUUUGCUACAGAAAAGUCCAUUAGAAACGAUAAAACGCUUCAUGUACAGUUAUGGUAUUAUGUUUUGAAACGUGACAGGUAUUAGACACGUCAAGAUAAUGGCCACCGUGUUUAGAUGCAACAUUCCAAACCCAGCAGAUUUCAUAAAUGUUAAUCAAUCAAACCUUUAUGUACUUUGUGUCCAAUAUCGAUCCCCAUAUUUUGUAAGAGCUAUAUCAUUUGUGUUGGAAGAGGGCAUGAAAAUUAAAUAUACGAAGACAAGAGAUGCAUAUUGAAAAUGCUAAAAAAAAAUCAUAUACUUCCCAAAAUAACUGUGUAUGCAUGUAAUGUAUGUAUGCAUGUAUUUGGUUAGUGUGUGUAUUUUUUUCCUGACUUUUUGAGAGCUGUAGAUGCUGGAGUGGACAUUUUGUUUUAAUGCAUACUUGAUAUCAUUUUUAAAAAGUUCUGUUUUCCUUUUUUUUUUCUGGUGUGCUUUAAGCCAGUAGGAAAGAUUAUGAAUUGUAAAAUAAAUGUAUAGAAUUUUCUAAUUUUUUUAAGAAAUGAGAAGUGGAAACAUUUUUUAAAGAUGAAGGUCAUGUUAUUAUAAAAAGCAAUAAAGAACAAAAAAAGGAAUAAAACAAAUUCUAAUCUCAGUAGGCCAGUAAUAACUUAUGGAAUGUUAUUUGCAUCCUCACAGGUCAGUUCUUGCCACACUACACUAUGUUUGAUAUUUUGUUGUUACUUACACUAGGAGCCUACGUAAAAAAAAAAUUAAAUCAUAAUAAUAAUAAUAAUAAUAAUAAUAACAAUAAUAAAACUAUUUAAUUUAGCAGGAGACCAAAUCUCUUCCGGCAUAAACCAUUUCUUUAUAGGUGGCCAAAACUGAAUUUUAAUUAGAAAUCGUAAUUAUAAUGCGAUGUGUAGACAUAGGUAUAGAGAGUUUGUAAGAAAUUUGCUAAAUAUAUUGCUAAAGCUAUUAAAACGCCAAAUAACUAUGUUGACAAUUCAGGACACUUAAUUAAGUUACAGUUAUAUAACCCAACUGUACGUAUAUCCGUCUACUAAACUGCUGGUCAUAUCUUUAGUGUUAAGGCUGUAUAAAUGAAAAUCUGCAUACUGUUCUUUUUGUUGUGAUGCAUGUUCUUGGAUCGGACCAUAAAUCACUUAGUUGACAUCCUUAUUAUCUGCUUUAUUUAACUUCAAAGUGGCCCACAAAUCAAAGUCAACACAAAGUCACUACCGUUUUCAGUGAAACUACAGACUUCAGGCACACAGCUAUGUAUUCUGAGGGCCAUAAAUCAAAUAUGCACUUUUGGGCUCAAAUCAUUUUGACAACAAGCAUGUCAUAUUAGAUUUCAUGAGCUAAGACUGUGAAUCACUGCUAAAAUUAUGAAUCAUUUUCAUUACAGGGGACUCAUUUUGCUGUACCCCGUUUUCUGCAAAUGCGAUGUCAGAGGUCAAACAACAAACAGAUACUUUUACCAUUUUACUGCUCUGUGAGGGAGGAAAAGCUCGCUCAACAUUAACAUUUCUCCUAUUUAAAAGCUCGUUCAAAAAUUUCAGGUCAACCUCUGAUUAUUUAUUCAGUAAUCCGCAUUAGGUCAAAAAAAGAACAUUUGAACAGAUUUAUUUUAAUAACCUUACUAUUUCUAAACACAGGCACUUAGCAUUUAUUACACGAGCAGUGAAUACUGUAUAUCACUGUUAUUUGUUUUUAAAGGCUUGUCCUAAUUAGUCAAUAUUUUGUCAUGGGAUUUGCUGUUUAGAAUGCAGAUAACAGUGUUAACAUCUUUUCUUUCGCUUUUCAUUGUGUGUAAUUUCAACUGUAUUAGUCAUUGCCAAGGACAAAAACUCACCGCAAUAAUACAGAAAACCAUAUAAUAUUGUGCAUUCAAGGUGAUGAUAAAAUGGAUAUCAAUCAGCUUUUGAGCAGACACCAGCAUGUAGUAUUUUUCACGAUCAGGUCACUAGUCCUACAGAGCAAUAAUAAGACAAAAGCGCAAAAUUUGUAUGUUUUUGUUGUUGUUGUUGUUUUCCCUCUGGUGCAAGGCUUUUUCAGAAUCUGCCAGGGUCCAAAAUUAACACUUUUCUAAUUAAAUUCAGUGCAAUUCUGUAAAGUGAUCCUGAGCUUGGGAAAGGCACUAACUAAAUCAGUAUUCGUUUUCCCCUUCUUAAACAGAAAAUGCAAGUGUGCAUAGUAUACAGUAUAAAGCAAGUAUAAAUAGGUUUAAAUGGCUUAAUAAAGUGUACGUUUUUGCCUAUAUGUGAAAUGUUCUUCACGGUUAAGUCACCAAAAUAAAAACCUAACGAGAAAAAAGCAACAGUUAAGGUUAAUGCAUACCGAGUUCGAAAUUGUCGUCUCAACUCAAGUUGUCUCAAUCAUGUUUAUGUCCAUCAUAAAAAGUAACAUCUGUGACAUGCAUUUUGAUAGGAAAGGAUGACGAAUGCUAAAAAACAGAAAAACACACACGAAAAUUUUAGACUCGGCAUACAAUGACCUUUACACUUCCUACGAAUAUUUCGCAUAAAAAAAUGUAUAAUGUAACCUCACGUUGUGUCAAUCCAGCCUGAUCUCAUGGCAAUUCAUACAUAUUUAUGAGGUGGCUAAAUCGUUUGACCUCACUCGUACAAAUUCAUACUAUUUUCUGCGUUUUCACCGCCGUGGCAAGCAUUUUGAUAGGAAAGGAUGACAAAAACAAACAAAAACAAAACGUAUGCGAACAUUUCAGAUCCAGUGCAAGGACCAUUAGUCUUCAUAUAUUUCUACAGUUAUAUUUCACUUCAAGGCUGUGCAAUGACCUCCUAAUUAUUGCCAUUGGGAUUUUUAAACAAUAAAACUCAUGUACAAUUUUGUAGUAUAUUUGUUAUGAUAUGCCGUUCUUAAAAAUGUUAAAAAAGUUCCAAAAAAUAAAUGAUUUAAAACACAACAUCAUGUGAGGUAAGUUAAGUUUGGAUCCUGGCCAUAGCAAUGAAAUAUACACAUCUGAAGUCGGGGUUAAUCAAAACAAAUCGGCUAAAUACAUUAAACUAAAUAUAAAACUGGCAUCUCCGACAUGCAUCGGUCUUAUAAUGUUGCAUGGUUUAAUAAGCUCUUUACUGUUAAUAAUUUUGAUUUAGGUGAGGCUACAUAAUUUGUGACCUUCAUAUAAUGAGCCCAAAACAUUCAUGUCUUGCGUUAUACUGUAUAAGCCAACAAUCAGAAGAGAAGACAGCUUCUGUCGAAAGUUGUUCGUCACUGUAUAAAGUCGACUGUGUUGUUUUUACGGUAAAACCAUCCUCCAGCAUGAUAAGUGUAAGGGGAGGUUUUCAAAUAUAUUUUAAUAUUUGUUGCUAAUCAGGAGUGACUUACUGUCAGUGAUCUGAUUUGGUGUCUACUAUUAGGAAAUUAUACUUGACAAUGCAGAUUAACUGGUGUUUAAGGUAAUAUUGUGUUCUUUAUAUUUGGUCGUUUUGGCUUUUAUUUCUUUUGUGUUGAAAAUGACAGUAAUGAAGCAUCAUUGAAGAUCUGUGAUUGUUACGUGAGUGCUCAUCAGCUUUGUUGAAACAAAAUUAGACGAGAAUUAGACUGCCGUGGAUUGUAUGUCAUAUCAAAGCUUUUAAAACGUUAGCUUUUCGCAAUCAAAGACCCACGGGUUCGUAAAAUACGAGACGGUUCAAAGUGCUAAAUAUAUUUUAAUGUGACCAUUUGUUGUACGUGUUGCCAGCAGUGACUCUUUAUAAGCAGCUUAUACAUAAUGUAAAAGGUUAUGUGAGAUUUCAUUGCACACUAAUGCAAUUAGCGCAUACCUGAACGGUUAAUGACAAUAUUGAGACUACCUAAUAUUUCAUUGCUAAUGUUUUUUAACAGAUAAACAAGUAAAUUUAGUUCACUGAUGUGUGUUUGGUAUCUAUGCUAGUUCUUAAAACGAGUCACCCUCAAUACAAAGCAGUAAAUUCUUAGUAUGGACAAAAUUAGUCAAAUCAAUUUAUGAGCCCAAAUAUGUGCAUAAUAGGGUUGUGCAAUGGUAUUACACAGUAGUUUUAUUCCUUAGUAUCAUAGCAAAGAUACAAACUAAGUGAGAUCUUUAGGUAAAAUAAACGGCACUAAAAUGAACAACAUCACAUGAGAAAUUACGGUUAAGAUACUAUAUGCAAAGAAGCUCUCUAUGUCUUUUUUAUGAACACAUUAGUCCUAAAGCAUGAAGGUUUAGUUCCUAUGCUUGUGUAUAACACUGUGACGCUCAUACAAAGUUUACUUUUACGGACAUGCUUGCAUUGCGAGGGAAGCCACCGGUGUGACGCAAAUGAGACGUUUGAUUCUGAACCCAUUUCUAAAGAACAAAACCCAUCAGUAAUGAAACUGUGAUGCUCACAAUGGCUUAAAGCUAGACAAUGUCAUGGUCCUGUGGCCUAAAACCGCUGUUAUGUAAUUCCUAGUCUGUGUUUACUUGUGUGAAUCUGAAUUGUGUUCAUGUAGCCCCAUUUCUUCCUUUCUUAUUUCUCACCGCUUUGCUCUCAGCAGCUCCAGCGCUUAAUUCAAUGAACUGCCGCAAAUGGGUUACGUAACCUAUCUGCAGUGAUUCUGUAUUCUUACUUACUUGAUUACUUCUGUGCUUUGUUCAAAGAGUGUGAAUAGCCCUGAAAACAGGCCCAAAGCGCAAAGUCGCUCAUGCAGAUCAAAUCUUUUCAUUCAGACGGGCGAAAGAAAGAAAGAAGAGCGAGCGAGCGAGCCGCAAGAUUGAUGUCACAUGCUGAUACGAGUCUGUUUGUGCAGUUGUACACUUGUCGGGCGUCUUGAAUUUUUUGAGUUCACUGUGAAGUGGAUAUGUCAGACUUAAAAACAUGACGUUUUAGAUUCCAUUCUGAUGCAAUGACUUGAUUUUAUGGUGUUACCAAACGCACAACGGUAGACGUGAGCAUAGCGUUAAAUGAAUAUGUCUUCCAUUAUUGCGGUGUUCAGUUUGUGACACGCACCAGAACACUGUUUCAUUUGAGUUUCGUCACAAUUCAAGGUAGCGAGUAACGUGAAUCGAUCAGCCAAAAAUAGAAACCAUAGUAAAGCGAUCAUUUAAAGGAAUGUCUUUAAGUCUGAAUUUAUAAGAUGUAUGCAUUUGAAUGCUCUGAAUAUUUUCAUUGUAAACUAUUUUUUACUGCCUGCUAUGUUGAAGCUAUAAAUAUUAUGCUGAUGUACAUUUUUAUAUGGAAACAUGGAAAUAUGGAUUUUUUCAUUAAAGCCUUUGUCUAUGAAACUUCA